UCCCAAAAUACAGUGAGUGGGGAAGUCCUGAGACAGCAGGGCCCGUGCCACUGACCUGUAGUUUAAAGGGCUUUAAAGUGAAGAAGACACCUCAACACAAGGCUAGGAUUUCUGACUGAGGACAGCCUUCAGGGAGAAAAGUAAGGAGACCGCAAGGAUUUCAGGGAACUUUGACAAGUGAGAGAAAAGCAGAAGGGGAAGGCUUCAACCAUGUGGCGAGAGAGAGUUGCGAGAUUAGCGCUGUGUGUGCUGUACGUAUUGGCCGUAACCGAGCUGGUAACCGCACAGGAGAAAGUGCGGGUAAAAAGAGCGAUGUAUGACCUGUUUGAAUCGACGAGUCUCGGGGCGAGCACACAGGGAGUGAAGAAAGUGCGGGGGCUCGAUCAGUAUUCACCGGCCUACAAGUUCCACAACCGUCCCGACGUCGACUUGCCCGCCAGCCCCCAGGCGCAGGCCAGGAUCGUCGACGCGAUGAUGUCGAACCAUGGCUUUGUGUUCGUCGCGGCCCUUCGGCAGGACCGGCGGAACCGUGGCACGCUCGUGUCCGUCGACUCGCCCGACGGCAGGACCAGAUACUUCGGCAUCCAGAGUGACGGCCAGACGCCCUCCGUGGACGUCGUGUAUAUGCAUGAAGGCAAGGAAGUCGCGGCCUCGUUCGACGGCGUGAACUUCGCCACGCGGGAAUGGCGCAACUUGACGUUGGUGGUGCAGGGAGACCUGAUCGCGCUGUUCGACGGAUGUACCAAGGUUGGCGAGCAGGGCCUGAUGGGGAACAUCUUCCAGACCGUCCUUCAGCCCGGACAGAGCGAGCUCCGUCUGGGGAAGGGCCUACCCGGCAGGGAAGCCUUCGAGGAUUACAGGGGUGUGAUGCAGAGUGUGAAGUUCAUCUUUGGAAUCCCGGUGUCCAACAUCCUCCACCUGCAGGGCUGUGCUCCCGACACAGGGUCAGAAUACAACACGGGUAACAUCACCCAGACUGCUGCUGCGGUGAGCAGUGUCCUGACGAGGAAGUUCAAGCUCAUCCCCCAGCCUUCAGACGAGUGUGAGGUCGCCUGCGAGGACCUGGACGACUUGAAGAAACAGAUCAAGGACCUGAGGAUCCACCUGAACAAUGUGGAAGAUGGCCUGCAGAAAAUGUGGGAAGAGAACAACAUCCUGAGGAAACAGAUUGGUGCUCCUCCGCAUGGCGGAUGCUGGGCAGAAGGACGUUACUAUGGCAACAAUGUACAUUGGGUGGAGAACCGCUGUACCAAGUGUCACUGUCAGGAUUCCAGAACUACAUGUCAGAAGAUCGAGUGCCGUGCGGUCCAAUGUGUCAACCCGGUUUUCGACAGUGAGACUGACUGUUGCCCAUACUGCCCUCUCAGUGGAGACGACGCGGAGGUCGGAUGGAGCCUGUGGUCUGACUGGACACCGUGCAGCGCUUCUUGCGGACCUGGCACCCAGCAGCGAGGCCGAUCAUGUGACCGUGUCAACUACCCCUGUGACGGCCCCAGUGUAGAGACCAAAGUGUGCCUGCAGGACGACUGUGACAACAGAAUUCCCAUGAAUGGAGGCUGGAGCUUGUGGACUCCCUGGACCUGCUCUGUGUCCUGUGGGGAGGGCAUCACCACUCGCAUCAGGACCUGCAAUGCACCCACUCCACAGCUAGGUGGCGAGAACUGUCUUGGAGAUGGACGAGAGAACAACAUUUGCGAGAGGGAGGCAUGCCCUGUUCACGGCCAGUGGGGUCAGUGGUCACUGUGGGGCCCAUGCUCGCGCACCUGUGAUGGAGGCACCAGGGUCCGCCGCCGUCUCUGCGACAGUCCCGCACCAGCGUACGGAGGGGACAAGUGCCAGGGCCAGCCUGCUGACGUGGACCACUGCAACACCGAGCCUUGCCCCAUUGAUGGUUGCUUAUCCAACCCCUGCUUUGCCGGAGUGGAAUGUUCCAGUACCAAGGAUGGCAAGUACACGUGUGGUCCCUGUCCCGCUGGCUUCGAGGGUGACGGAUCUUCUUGCACUGACAUUGAUGAGUGUGCACUGGUUCCUGACACCUGUUACAUCCACAAUGGAGUGUCCCUGUGUAAGAACCUGGGGCCAGGCUACAGGUGCCAGAGGUGUCCUCCCGGCUACACAGGAAACCAGCCCGGCGGAGUGGGCAUCUUCAUGGCAGAGAGCAACAAACAGACCUGCCUGCCUGCCAACCCCUGCAGAGAUGGUACUGACCAGUGCCACUUCAACGCUGAGUGCAAGUUCCUGGGACCGUUCAUAGAUCCCCUGUACGAAUGCCAGUGCAAGGUUGGAUAUGCUGGGAACGGCAUCCACUGUGGUGAGGACAUCGACUUGGACGGUUAUCCUGACGAGGAUCUGCCCUGUUUGAUCGGGAACACAACGCACUGCAAAAAGGACAACUGCCCAUUCCUACCCAACAGUGGUCAGGAGGACUUUGACAAGGAUGGGAAGGGUGAUGCUUGUGACAGAGAUGAUGAUAAUGACGGCAUCCCUGAUGUUAGGGACAACUGCCCGAUGGCGUUCAAUGCCAGACAGGACGACUACGACCGUGAUGGGUGGGGAGACCUGUGUGACAACUGCCCCUACGACCAGAACUUCUACCAGAAGGACACGGAUGGCAAUGGAGAGGGAGAUGCCUGCUCUGUGGACAUAGAUGGUGAUGGACUGAGGAAUGAAGCUGACAACUGCCCCCUGCAUGCCAACAUCAGACAGGAGGAUGCUGAUGGUGACGGUGUUGGAGACCAGUGCGACAACUGCCCUGUCAUCGCAAACCCCAAACAAGAGGACUCUGACUCCGACCUGUGGGGCGAUGCCUGCGACAACAAUAUCGAUGUCGAUGACGACGGUCUGGAGAAUAUCCGUGACAACUGCCCGAGCAUCCCCAACAGUAAUCAGAUCAACCAUGAUGGCGACAAUUUUGGUGAUGCGUGUGAUGAAGAUGAUGACAAUGACGGUAUUCUGGACCAUUUGGACAACUGCAGACUCCGUGCAAACCCAGACCAAAUAGACAGCAACGGUGACGGACGUGGAGACGUUUGCCAGGAAGACUUUGACGGUGACGGUGUCAAGGACAAGGAUGAUGUGUGCCCAGAGAAUGCGCAAAUCUCCAGGGUAGACUUCCGUGACUUCCAGAUGGUUGCACUGGAUCCAAAGGGAACAUCCCAGAUUGACCCCAACUGGGUCAUCAGGAACCAAGGGAAGGAGCUGGUACAGACAGUCAACAGUGAUCCAGGCAUGGCUAUAGGAAUUGACAAGUUCAACGAAGUGGACUUUGACGGCACCUUUUAUGUGAACACGCAAAAGGAUGAUGACUACGCAGGCUUUGUAUUUGGCUACCAGUCCAGCCAUCGGUUCUACGUGGUGAUGUGGAAACAGGUCCACCAGACGUACUGGCUGUCCAAACCUUCCAUGGCCCACGGCUCAGCAGGAGUCCAAGUCAAGGUGGUAAACUCGGAGACAGGACCAGGUGAGGCCCUGAGGAAUGCCCUGUGGCACACUGGAGACACUCCCGGACAGGUGAGGCUGCUGUGGCACGACAAGAACACCACUGGGUGGAAAGACAUGACCGCCUACAGAUGGAAGCUGAAGCACAGACCAGACUCUGGACUAAUAAGGGUGACAUUCUAUGAAGGCAGUAAAGUUAUGGCUGACUCUGGGGAUCUAUUCGACACAACAUUAAAGGGAGGUCGCCUAGGACUUUUCGUCUUUUCACAAGAGAUGGUCUUCUUCUCGGAUCUGAAGUACAACUGUGGUCAGUCAGACGCCGCCGCCUUGAAUUGAUGACGGUUGAGCGGAAGAAAACCCAUCGGGUGCUGGGCAGCUGCUGACCGACCUUCUGAAUGACCACACCCCGCCACCUGGUGCCAUGUCCACCCAACACUACAAGAAUCCACUGUUUUGUUAUCUCCCACAUGAUAUCUUAAGUAUGUAAGGUUCUUGUCAGAUUCUCCCUCCUUCUGUUUUGUCAAUGUUCUUCCGACUUUGAACUAUCUUUCUGCAUUGUAUUAUUUAUUUGAAGAACUAUAUUAUUGUGUAAAGAAAGCUAUUGGUAUUUUAUUUGAAAGCCUUUAAGAGCCAGAUACUUUUAUUUACUUUUAUAAUGUUCCUUGAUGUAACCAGAGGUGUAGAUAGAAGAUAGGAAAACCUAUGACAAAUUCCUCAAAGAGCUAACAGUAAAGUGUACAUCGUGUAUGAAAAUUCUCUUCUAAUGUUUUACAUGAAAUAAUUGAAUUGAUUCGUUCACUUCAAUCUAUGGCUUGGAAAGUCACUGCUUUGAACCAAAGUCCUGCUGAAAAGGAAACUACUGUGCUUUUACAAUUGUUUUCUGAAACGAUGAGCAUUUGAAGUGUAUUUCGAAGAGAAUUCUCAGACUUCAAUCCAAGGAAAUGAAUGAAGAAAGUUUGCAAGAGUAGUUUGGUAGUUAAUCACAGCAGUUUUUACCUUAACAGAGCCAGUCAUAUGAAAUACUGUACAAUGAGGAAAUGCUAUUUCAAUCGUAACAGGGGUGACGCAUAGUAGUUUGAGGUAGAUCUAUAACGAUUUGCUUUCCAAGACAACUUUUCCAAGUUGCACAUUGGAAAAGGAAUGAGGGCUACUAGCCAUAGAUUUAAACUACAUUUUCCUGGUGUUGGCCACAACUCUGGAAAGAUGCCUGAUGUCAAUCAUGUAUGUAAUGGAUAGCAGCAAGCAAUGUGUAAAUAUGCUGUUGACAUCUCAGCUGUGUCAGGAUAGGACUCACUUAUGCAACAAGCUGGUAUUUUUGCUGCCCCUGAUACAUUCCAUAGUCUGAAGUCAGUAAGGCAUUAAAAGCUGGGAUUCUUUUUACCUUCACGGAAAAUGCUUGUGAUGUUGACGAGUGUUUGCAACUUGAGAUGACAGGGUACUAUUUAUGUCCUAGCCAUAGGUCUUAUUGUGAUGUUUUGUAUUUAUUGAACAGUAGUAUGAGAUUGCUACUGCUUUGUAAAAGCAGCAAUAGAGAUGCGUUCAAAUAGUUUUGAUAUGUACAGAUAUACCCAUUCUGCUUUACCUGUUAGAUAUAGCAUCGAACAAAGGUGUAAAGGUAAGACUUCUUUUGUAUGGAAAAUGACUGAGUAUGUAAAGAUCGAUAUUCCCUGAACUAUUUGUAUAUUUAAUUCUGAUUGAAAGACUUCAACCUCAAGCUGAAUGGGCCAUUUGUAGAUAUUUAUUUUUGGAAGUUGUCUGUGAUUUUGUAAUAUUAUGGUACAAGUUGAGUGUCAGCACUUAAAACUGUCUGUGCUAGAUCUAAUCCUAAUAAACUAAGUUACAGCUGAAA